CGUUCCCCUUUUUCCCUUUUCUUUUUCUUUUUCUUUUCUUUUUAAAAGUUCGCGUUUUUUUUUUCUAAUCACUUAAUUUUAUUUACUUUCUAUCAUUAAAACAACAUGUCUGAUCGUCCAAGAAGAAAAAGAAAGCAAAAUAAUACAACUGUCGCCAGUAAUGUCCAUUAUGUCGGCUAUGUCGAAGAUGAAGAAUCAGUAGAAGCUAUUAUGAAAAAGUUUGAAGAAUUGGAUCGGAUUCAACGAGAAUUCUCUAGUAUGGCAGUGGCCAAUCCUGGUACUCCUGAACCCACAGGAACACAUGUAGAUACACCAAACACACCACAGGAUCAUGAAAAACAACAGGGGGAUGAUACAACGGAAAGUGCAAACAAGGACGAUGAUGUCGUUGGAUUGGACAGUACAUUGAAAGAAUCACAACCAUUGACGGAAGAACAACUUCAAGAGGUGUUCAAACGAACAUCUGCUUUUACGGUCAAAAGUGCCAUGAUGGAUACAACUGUGGUGGACGAUAUGGAUGCUAUGGAAUUAUGGCAAGUGGAUUUCACGGAUGGUAAUACCGAUGAAGUCUUUGAAGAAGAUGAUUACAUUCAUGUGGACGAUGACUUUUGGGAUAUGGAAUUUGGAGAAUCACCGCGAAAACGUGGAAAACGAAGUGUUGGACAAGAAAGACGAUCUCGAACAGGUCAACGACGAAUGGGUGGUAGUGGUGUGGAUCGUGAAAAGAUUUUGGCAAGAUACAAGGUGAUGCAAGUUCAAGUACAAGAUCGUGAUGGCAGGUUUUUCAUGAUCAAAAAGCGGGUUAGUGCCAUUGAUCCAAGUUUACCUACAUAUGUACGAAUUCCUGGUACUCCUAUUCCUCGAUCAUGGGCUCAUACUAUUAUGCAAAUGGAACCCUUAGUACAUAAGAAUCCUCCUAUUGGUUCAAGAGCAUUACAAGUACGAGAUAUAUUGUCAACCGAUUUGACUACAUUUGGCAACGAUUUUACAGCAGUUUAUAUGGAUCCACCACUUUUAUUACCUGAUGAAGAACCUACUCCUGGAAAAAUUCAUAUUGAUGAUUUGGCGAAACUCAAUGUACAUCAAGUGGUGAAGGCAGGGUUUUUAUUUAUAUGGAUUGAAAAGGAAUGGAUACGUGAACUUGUUCGAAUCACCAAAGAUUGGGGGUUCAAGUAUGUAGAAAACUUUUGCUGGAUCAAGAAAAAUGUCAACAAUCAAAUCGCUCGACAACCAUUCAGAUACUUUAACAAGAGCAAACUUAGUCUACUGAUCUUCCGAAAAGAUGGCGAUACUGAAUUACGACAUCAACGGAAUCCUGAUUGUGUAUUUGAUUUUAUCAAGCCUCGUUUGCCCAAUGAAAUCAGUGAAAGUAAACCAUCUUUUGUCUAUCAAAUCAUCGAGACUCUCUUACCUACAGCUGUAUAUCAUCCUGAAUCCAAUCCAAAUGGUGACCGAUUAUUGGAAUUAUGGGCUAAACGUGAUCAACAGAGGACAGGUUGGACAACUAUAGUGGAGAAUCAUACAUCAACAUAGUCAUAACAAUUACUCUCAUGCAAUCACUACAGGAUCCUAUUCAUAUUCAAUGCACAAAAAAAAAAAAAAAA